UUUUUUUGUUCGCAUGUGCCCUGCGAUUGGCUGGCGAGCAGUUCAGGGUGUACCCCGCCUCUCGCCCGAAGAUAGCUGGGAUAGGCUCCCAGCACGCCCGCGACCCGAGUGAGGAGAAGCGGCUCAGAAAAUGGAAGGAUGAACAAUGUUUGAAAAGAAUAAGAAAAAAGACAUUUCAAUUUGAAAACACCCCAAAAAUGUGAUAUUGUUCGAGGAAGCUGUAAUGCAAAAUAACACAAAUCUUAAAUGUAAAUGAGGCUAACGUAAACAAUGAUUGUGCUCAUGUAAAGGAGCUGAUCCGCCUGUUGUUGCUGCAGUGCCACUGACUUCAUGUCCUAAAAUUAGAAGCCGUGACGUCACCGUGGGCGCGUCAGUGCAGCAUCCUCUCAGCGCUCAGCACAUGGACCGGACCGGAAUCACCGGCGCAAGAACGGCCCACACCGACCGAGGACUCGGAGGGAGUCUCACUCCAUCAUGGCAAGCCUAGCCCUCCUCCUCCUCCUCCUCUUGCCCGGGCCGGGACUCGCCCUGCUCGGCUUCCGUCCGGAGGAGACCGGCCCGGAGCUGUCCGUGCACGACGGGGUUCUGAAGGCCACCGAGGGGACGCGCUUCACUCUGCGGGUCUACUACUCCAGUCCCCCGCUGCACAGGAGGCUCAACCGGACGCGGGCCACCAGCGCGGCCCCGUGGAUCGCCUUCAUCGAGGAGCCCACCGGACCCGAGGCGCGCCCCCGACCCCGGAACGUGUGCGCGGACAAGAGCGCGCGCACUUCCGACAUCGAGGUGCUGGGCUCGUUCAAGUCGGCCUCCAGCCGCAACUCGGUCCUGGUGGAGCUGCUGGCCAAGGAGCUCCGGCGAGGGGAGAGCAUCAAGUUCUACUCGGUGUGUGCCUUCGAUGGGUCCAAGUGGGUGCACUACCGCACUAGGGACUUCUGGGUGGCGGUGGCGGAGCAUGCGGGGGGAGCUCCCAAGCUGUGGCUGCAGGUUCUGGUGUCGGUGCUUCUGCUGGCCUUGUCUGCGCUCUUCAGCGGGCUCAACCUGAGCCUACUAGCGCUUGACCCGGUGGAGCUACAAGUUCUGCAGAACAGUGGCACUGACCGGGAGCAGCGCUACGCCCGCAAGAUCAAGUCGGUGCGCCGCCACGGUAACUACGUUUUGUGCACUCUGCUGCUGGGUACGGCACUCAUCAACGCCUCCCUGGCCGUGUGGACGUGUCGCAUCCUGGGCAUGACGUGGCUGUCCACCGCCAUCUGCGCGCUGGGCAUCUUCUUCGUAGGCGAGAUCCUGCCGCACUCGGCGGCGUCUCGCCACGGCCUGGCCAUCGCUGCGCGCAGCAUCUGGCUGACGCGCCUGCUCAUGGUGCUCUCCUUCCCCGUGUCGUACCCGCUCAGCAAGCUUCUGGAUCUCAUCCUGCACCAGGAGAUCUCCAACUUCUACACCAGAGAGAAGCUGCUGGAGAUGCUGCGCGUCACCGACCCGUACCACGACCUGCUCAAGGAAGAGCUGAACAUCAUCCAGGGGGCACUCGAGCUACGCAGUAAGACAGUGGAGGACGUUCUGACCCCGCUAGGCGACUGCUUCAUGUUGGCGGCCGACACGCUCCUGGACUUCAACACCAUGACGGAGGUCCUGCAGAGCGGCUACACGCGCAUCCCCGUGUACCGGGACACGCGCGCCAACAUCGUGGACGUGCUGUUCGUCAAGGACCUGGCCUUCGUGGACCCGGACGACUGCACGCCUCUGCAGACCGUCACGCACUUCUACAGACGCCCGCUACACUGCGUCUUCAGCGACACUACGCUCGACGCCAUGCUGGAGGACUUCAAGAAAGGUAAAUCUCACCUGGCCAUCGUUCAGCGCGUGAACAACGAGGGCGAGGGCGACCCGUUCUACGAGGUAAUGGGCAUCGUCACGCUGGAGGACGUCAUCGAGGAAAUCAUCAAGUCCGAAAUCCUGGACGAGACGGACCUCUACACCGACAACCGCAGCAGGCGCCGCGUGUCUCACCACGACAGGAGGCAGCAAGACUUCUCCAUCUUCAAAAUGGCCGACCACGAGAUGAAAGUCAAAAUUUCCCCGCAGCUCCUACUGGCCACGCACCGCUUCCUGUUCACAGAGGUGGAUCCUUUCAAGCCGGCGUACAUCUCUGAGAAGAUCCUGCUGAGGCUCAUCAAACAUCCUAGCGUCAUCCAGGAGCUCAAGUUUGACGACAGAAACAAGUACGCACCAAAGCACUUCCUGUUCCAGAGAAACAAGUCGGCAGAUUACUUCAUCCUGGUACUUCAGGGUCGAGUGGAGGUGGAAUUUGGCAAGGAGUGCCUCAAGUUUGAAAAUGGAGCUUUUUCCUAUUUUGGGGUUCCUGCCAUCUUGCCAGCAGAGUCAAACGGGUGGUCCCCAGGCCAGCUUAACGGGGGGUCCAAUGUCUACAUGCCCGACUACUCUGUGCGACAGCUCACGCCCCUACAGAUCCUCAAGAUCACCAGGAGCCAUUACCACAAUGCGGUCAGCGCCUCCAGGAUGGACACCUCGCCACAGACGCCCGACCCCGAUGCCCAGAUGGCCGAGCCUUUGCCCCCCGAGAACGGUACCCCCGCCGCCGGCACCAUGCUGAUGCCGCCGCCCUGGGAACUGGGCCGACACGCUCCCGCCAGGACCGGAGAACAACAGCAGUCUGGCGUCUCCCACAGCACCUCCGUGCUCAACCGCAGGAACCGCAUCGUCAGAAGUAAGUCCGACGGCCAGAAGAGUCCGAGGGAUUCAGUCUUCCUGCGGAUGGACGAGAUCCCGUACAUCCGAGACGACCAGCCGGAGGACGCUGACGUGGCCGAUGUUCCCAUGGUAACGGACACAUCUCCUUUCAUCAGCAGCUUGUCGGUCAGCGCCUCAGAGGACACGCUGGGAAACAAACUCCGACUCAAACUCAGCCACAAGAAGAGACAAAAGUCACGAGAAGACGAUAAAACGGAAGAGCCAGAAGACAAUUUGAUAAAAAAAACAUGAUGAAACAGAAGACGAAGACAAGUCUGAACACACGCUCGUUCAAAGCUAACCUUGGCAACCGAGACGACCGCACGACCUUAACGACAUGGUUUACGGAAAAGACCAAGACGUCUGGUUUUAUCUGGUGACCUCCUCCAGGGGGCGCUGCUGGGACAACACGCGGAUGUUGGCAUACGUGAAGAAGACGUCAAAUGAAUGUCAAAUGAAAUAUUUUGUAGAUAUCAACAGGUCACGUUUUCUUGUGAUGACGCAACACCAAAGAUGUCACCACGCCACAGGAAAUCAACCUUUACUUUGAAACGACUGCUGCUGGCUUAUAUGACACUUUAAUUCAUAAAGUACAUUUUUUGAUAUUUGAUGCAUUUUAUGCUCAAAGUGUAUGUGGAUGAGUAAAUUUGAAAUAAACUAAAAUCUUGUUCAA